AUAGUCAAUUACAGCACAGCAAAUAAACUUAUAGCACUAACUAACAAUGGAGCCUAAAUUUCUGUUACUCGCCUCCUUCAUCGUGGCGCUACAAAUCGUGUGUGCUCAGGAUUACUGUGAUUCGUUGUAUUGUGAUUCCAGGACGCACAUAGCUUGCAACAACACUGGCGAAUUCGCAGCGUCCUGCCAAAGUCCAGCCAUGGUCACUUUUACACAGGCAGAGAAAAACUCGAUUGUCGAUGCGCACAAUGCCAAACGUAACACCGUGGCUGGCGGCAAGACAGCGCUGAAGCCAGCCUGUCGCAUGGCCACCAUGCAGUGGGACGACGAAUUGGCCACACUGGCGGCAUUGAAUGUCAAACAAUGUAAGGCGAAGCAUGACGCCUGUCACAAUACAGCGGACUUCGAGUACUCCGGUCAGAAUUUGGCACGGAGAUCUUUCAAUAAAUCGCCGAAUAUAACGCAAUUGUCAUUACAAUCUGUGGAUAUGUGGUAUAAUAAGAUUAAGGAUAUCAAAAUGAAGUAUAUAAAUAAGUUUCCGAGUAAAGAUAAGAGACCCAAAAUCGGACAUUUUACCGUUAUGAUGGCAGAUCGUAAUAUUCGCGUAGGAUGCGCUGCUUCCACUUACCGCGUAUCGGGUCAUCGAUAUACAGUAUUCUUGUUCGUCUGUAAUUAUGCAACAACAAAUAUAAUAGGCAUCCCAAUUUAUGAGAGUUGUUCGGUAGCAGCUUCGAAUUGCACGACUGGCAAGAACCCAACAUACACUAGCCUUUGUUCGGUGGCGGAAGAGUAUGAUGUUAACACAUUUGUUUAAAAGCGUGUAAUUCUAAAUGGAAUUCCGGUUUUGUUAUGUUUAAUAAGUCGAUAAAAUUAGGUUGAUGAGACAUAAUUAAUAUAUAUACUACAUGGAAUUAUAAAGUGAAAAAAUACCGA